AUUUCUUGGAGUGAGCAUCCAUUACAUGCCAUCAAAACUGGAUACAGCUCCACGGUGCUAAGAAGAACCACGAUGUCAAGGAUUCUGGACUGAAAAAGCCGUAUUGGGAUUCCAUUCAAGAAUUCAUUUCAUGAUUGGAAGUACCAUGGAAAAUGUAGAAGGACAGACAAGCGGAGGCUGAAAGGUUGAGUUGUUUACAGUCAAACCUUGGGAAGAAGCAGUUUCAAAUACUUAUUCAGGCACACAUUGACUGCAGGAGGUGGCAUGAACUCAGUGUUGGCAUUAAGCUACAGCAGCGAUGGCGAUCCUACAAAAUGGAAAACAGAGGCAGAGAAUGAGAAGUCUCCAGUUGCAAAUUGUCGUCACGUAGAUGUGAAAGCCUUGAAGGUAGAGAAGAAUUGGUAACAAGACUGGGACAAAAAGAAGAUAUAAGUUUUCUUUCCCAGUCCAUGGAAAAAUAACCUGUUGGAUUAUCAUCUGGAAACUGUGGAAAGUGCCAACAUGAGCAACGAGAGGCCAGUGAACCCUGGGUCAUCUACACUGACCAAGGACUUGAAGAGAAAGAGGGGAAGGCCAAAGAAGCAGCCACAGGAGGAGGUUGUGGGACCAUUGCCAGUGAAGAAACCACGAGGAAGGCCAAAAGGAAGCAAGAAAGUGACAACUGUAUCUGGGCAAAUGGUAGAAACUUCUGUUGGAAAAAGGCCAAGAGGGAGGCCCCGCAAGUGGCCUCAACUAAUGGUCCAAGAAGAAGCAUCUCAGGAAGAAAAUCCUCAGGGAAGCAGCGACUUGAAUUUGAACUCGGCACCAGCCACACAAGGCAUCGCUGGAAAAGACGGUUCCAGGUCCAGCAAAACUACUGGUCUUAGUAGAUGUCUGGGUAACAUCCCUGCUGCAGCACAGUAGUAUCCCACCUGUUCAUGUCUUGCUGAAGCCAGAGGACUGGAUAGCAAACAGGAUUUUUAAUGUCAUAUUUCAAAUUAUUUUUUUGUUGAUAAUUUUGGCCAUGCUUUCUCUCCUGUUGUCUGCUGGCUUACCCCGAACAUCCAACAGGGACUCAGGGGAAGAAAUGUCAAAUACCUUGACGGGGAGAUGCCUUUCACAGUUAGUAGUUUAUCUUUUGUGAGCAUAUUAAUCUUUCUUAAAUGUUUAGAUAACGUGGUGCCUUGCACUGCCACAAACAGCAGUAGUUCAACAGAAAAGUGUUGACUCAGUAAUGCAGAUACUGUAAAGGAAAUCUACUUACACAGCUAAUUGCUGAACUUGUAUACCAUACCCACUCUGGUAGAUUGAUGAAGCAGUCCCAAGUGUCAACUUUUGAUCAGUUGCCCACAGGGAUUGCAUCUGAAAUAUGAUCUUUGAGUCCUUUCUUUACUAUAUCAGAAAGGAAGAGCUUCAUGACAUUUCCAGCUCUCCUAAAGCUGUUGCGCCAGUGCUCAGUAAACUUGGAUGCUCUAUAGGAAAGUCAGCAGCCUGAUGCCUUGAGGAUUGAUUCUGAAUUUUUUAUCCCAACAUUACUAGCUCAGGGACCAUUUCUAUAACGAGCUUUUGGCCUGGUGGCAGGCACUCCCCUUGAAUUUGGUAGCAGCUCUGAGUGCACGAUGUUUACAAGCUUAGUCACAGCCAUUGGAUUUCAGCACUUCAAAGGAAUGUCUGCAAAGAACCAGUUACACAAAGGUUGCUUCCCUGCAGAGCCUUGAGAUUCAAUUUUGUAUCUUCAGUCCAUAAUGUGUGUAUGUGGGGUCCUCUAGUGUUGCAGCUAUGCAAAUAAAAGCUUGCUGAUACAGUUCAGUUUUGGGAGACAGCAGGGCUGAGAUUGUUGCUGGCUGCUCUCAGUCUCACAUUGUAUGUAGAUUUGUGCUUUCAGUGCCAGAGCUGAUCUUGCUAAAUUCCUCAGAAUUUAGGGUAUUUCAAAUAUCCAGUUGCAAACAGUGAAAUCCUGAUGUUAUUUUCCAUCUCAUCAAUGCGCUGCCUGCCUAUAAAGAGACGAAGUGGGUAUUUAAAUUAUCUUUGACAAGAUGUAAAAUUGGCUAGCUUUACAGUGUUAAAUAUUUAAACAGAACAUAAGUGGCUUUAAAUUUAUGGCAGUGCAUAGCAGAAACCCAUGAAAUGGCAGUAUAUAUUGAGCCUAUUUAUUAUCCUUUCAUCAGAGGUUUGUUCCCUUAGCACGUGUUUAUUUAACACGAGAAAAUGUAUGCAGAAUUAAGUUGGUGGGUUUUUUUCCUUCUAGAUCAUUUUGUCCACCCACACAGUUGAGCAGUGAUUGGAGUCCUAGUCCUGUUAAUUCUGUGUGUUGUCUGGUUUGACAUAACAGUAGUUUCUUGUGUAUGAAUGUGAGCAGUCUCAGCACAAAACUGCAUCACAGUAACCUUUGUGCCUCUGCUACCACACAGCAGAGAAACCAAGGAUUAAAUGGAUUAGAUCACAGGAACCGACCUUAAUCUUACGCUGUAGGAUGAGUCGUGCUGCCGGAUAUGGGAAGAGUCUGACCCUGUUCUCCUGCUGUGUGGAUAAAUCCAGGUGUGACAGGCAUGCACAUCUGUAAAAGCUGAUGGUCACGUGAAGAUCCAGUGGGAUUUCCUCUGAAUUCAGGUUAGGGAGCUGCUCUCCUUCAGGGGACACGCAAGUUCAGCUGCAGUUCAUGUCUACAUUCAAAGGCCACUCCAGGGGCAGACAAAGGUAUUUUACUAACUUCCUGUACCUGAUUUUCAGGUGAAUUGGCAGGUUUUGUACCCUGCUUGCGAGGCUCUAUUACCUAUUUAGUUAACCCCUGUUACCUGAGAGCAACAGUUGUUACAGUGUGAGACUGGAGCUUCAGCUUCUCCUGAAUGGUUUAGGAAUUGGAUCUGUAAGAGGCUCAAGCUUUUCUUCUGACAUCAACCAGACCUUUCUCAGCUGCGGACAUGGAAUAGGGAGGGAAACUGCCUUAGCUAGAUAGUAAAUCCAUUUGCUUUAGGUCAGCAGUAUUCCUCUGGGACGUGCAUACAAAGUACUCAAAAAAGAAAUCUCAUCUUUGCUACCUCUUAAUACUCUAUUGGGGAGCCACAGUAGAAGACAUGUCUCCAUAAAAAUGUGUUUGAGAAGAAUAAACAGAAUUCCACACUAUUAGGAGCUACACUAUUAGGAGUGCAGUUGAAACCCCUGUCCGUAACUUCAGCUCCAUUUUUAUGCAGACUUGGAAUGAAAGUCAAAGCACAGGCAGAAUUCCAGCUGUCUUCAGAGAGCUAAGAUCUCAUGCUGGACUACUUGGGGUUUUAUUUUUGAAAUUAUAAACACUUUUUAUUUCCCAUAUAGUUAGUUACCUUUUCUGUGUAGCCAAAUCCUACCUCAAAGCAAAUGCAUUUCAAGUGUUUUUAAGCUCAGCCAGUUUUGGUCUGACUCAGUUGAAAAUGUCAUUACAGUUGGAUCAAAAUACAGGAGAUGAAGGUGGUUUGUUAUCUAGCAAAGUUUGGAAGAUUCUUAUAAAUGGUUUUGGUGAAGGCAUGAAGAGUGUGGGCAACUUGCAAAUUAUAGCCUUGGAGCUUGUUUUUAAUAAAGGUAUAAAAGG